AUGCCACGAGAACGACGACGGUGGACGGCCGAAGAAGAUGCAUGUCUCCAGGAAGCAGUCCGAGAAGCCAUUGACCAAUCCCGCCCCCUUCUAUGGCGCGAGAUCGCGAAGAGUGUUCCCAAAAGAAGCAAUAAAGAUUGCCGACGGCGCUGGUGCAACUCUCUCUCGGGCUCCCUCGUCAAGGGCUCCUGGACGGAAUCUGAAGACGAACGAAUGUGGACUGCAGUACAAAAGCAUGGGUCACAAUGGGUUUCAGUUGCUCAAGACGUCCGCACGCGGAACCCGGACCAGUGCUCCAGUCACUGGAGCCAAACACUUAAUCCAGAUAUCGAUGUUAGUGAAUGGAGUCUACAAGAUGAUGAGACGCUCUUGCUAGCAGUUCAGCGUCACGGCACAGCUUGGGCGACCAUUGCAGUGAAGUUUUUACCGGGCCGGACAACAUUGGCGAUCAGGAACCGUUUCAAUGCGUUAAAUGCAAGGAAUAAAAAGUCUGGUUAUACGACUUCCGUCAAACUGAAGGACAUACAAGAAGUCAAACACCAUGUCACUCGCGCUUUGCGCAAUCGGGAAGGUGGCCGACGGCCGUAUUCGGGCACAACAUCUCACUCAAUAGACGAAAAAGAUGGGAAUUCAGGAGAUGCUGAAGAUGGGGAUUCAGAAGAUGCGGAAGAUGGAGAUGAGUCAUAUGCGCACUGGCAAAAUGAAUCUCUGGGGCUAGCCAUGCCGAGCGGAGGAUCGCCAAAGACUAGUGGCUCCUUCGCCUGGUUGCGUGUAUCGUCCCUCGAAGAACCAGACACACCUCUAGAUCACCCCUACAAUCCAGAGAUGUCUUCUGUCCCAAUGCUUACUCGGACGUCCCAAGACUCCACUUCGGGUAUCCUCGCCAGCGUUUUCACAUCCGAAUUCCCAGAGUACAAUGACUAUGCCAAUUUUGCAGAGGUGUCCACAUCUGUGCCGCGUUCCACCUCAAACCCAGGUCUUCAAGACCCUGCACAAAGCUCCAGCAGGAAUACUGAUCGGCUGUUGCUCCACAUGGAGGCAUCGUCCCUUGACAACGGACAUACAGGGUUUCUUCCUUUUGAAUCUUCCCUAGGCUGCUGUUCCCAAUCACAACCAGUGUUCCCGAUCCCGACAACAGGUGAACUCCCAACAUCACAGUCUGAUCUCGAGCUAGGAGCUAUACCGUUUCUAUCUAGUCCCCUAACCUCCCGCGAGUUGACUGGUCCGACUGAUCUAACAGCCGGUGGUGGUUUAAACGCACCGGAGCAGGGCCAAUCAGGCGGGCCACUCCGCCGUAUUUCUAUAGACAUGGAAUGCACGCCUCAGGAGCUGUCACAAAUCAUGAAUAUUAUAGUUGGAAUUGCUCGGAAAGUGACGCUGAACGUGAAUAGUUAG